UGAGGGUACCUCUGGGGCUGAGAGUUGAGGUCCCGCUACCUCUUUGCUGCAUUCCCGGAGAGAUGAACAAAUGAGCCCCUCGGACUGAACUCACAGAACUCCAGACUCAAAAACUCCGCCCCCCGCGAUUCUUCCCGCCCCUCGGCAUCCAGACAGACGGACAGACGGCCUGCCCCGCCCCCUGUGCUACCGACUGACUCAGUAACCUCGGGAUUGUCAGGCCCCAGGUCUUUGCCCGCGGCGUGGACCUCGGUCGCCCACCCGCAUCUUCUGCUGGCCCAUUUCUCUCUAGCCCCACCCUGGGCCUCAGGGCAGGUCGACAGCCUGGGACACUUCUCCACCGCAGUCCCAGGCCCGGGAGAUCAACUUCCAGCACCGCGUUUCCCUGCGAUUCCGCAGCUGCUCACGGACCUGCCAUUUUCCCCUGCAUCAUCGGGCCUCUGGGAGUCACCCUAAGGUGACUCCUUUCAGAGUCUGUUAGUAUGUGGUCAUAAUAGACACAAAGCCAUAGAAGUGACUGGGCUAGGAGUGACCAGGUCUUCCUUCUCACCCGUUCCCAGACACGCCCCUUGCCGCAGGUCUCAGAUUAAAUCUCACUCCCUUCUUGGGAGAAAAUAGCUCCCCAGGCUUGGAGUGGGAGGUUGGCUUGGGGAAGGAGGAGGGACGUUGGUCGUCUUUGAAGACCUGUAGGCAAGGGAGGGAGGGCGUUUGUCCUGGGUGGGGCUCCAUGCCAGGUCCUCUGGGUGGCUGUGAAGUGGUGAGGGAAGGGGUGGGAACGCUGGACUUCUGGACUUUGGGCAGGGCAGAUCCUUCUGGGUCCCUGGCUGCUUGAACAGAGUUUCUUCCGGGCUCCUGCCUGAACGCCACAACCAAGGGCUCUAUACAGGUAAGAAGACUUCAAAGAUGAGAAGCAAGGCCCUUUUGAGGAAGUAGGAAGACAGCUUGGAAGAAACAGAGCUGACCAGCCCAGGCAAGGUCCCCCGGCCAGGAUGUCGGGCCUGGUGUUGGGACAGCGGGAUGAGCCUGCAGGGCACCGGCUCAGCCAGGAGGAGAUCCUGGGGAGCACCCGUCUGGUGAGCCAGGGGCUGGAAGCUCUCCACAGUGAACACCAGGCUGUGCUGCAAAGCCUCUCCCAGACCAUCGAGUGUCUGCAGCAGGGUGGCCAUGAAGAAGGCCUGGUACAUGAGAAGGCCCGGCAGCUGCGCCGUUCCAUGGAAAACAUAGAGCUGGGGCUGAGUGAGGCCCAGGUGAUGCUGGCUUUGGCCAACCACCUGAGCACAGUGGAGUCAGAGAAACAGAAGCUGCGGGCACAGGUCCGGCGGCUCUGCCAGGAGAACCAGUGGCUCCGGGACGAGCUGGCCGGCACCCAGCAGCGGCUCCAGCGCAGCGAACAGGCCGUGGCUCAGCUGGAGGAGGAGAAGAAGCACCUGGAGUUCCUGGGGCAGCUGCGGCAGUACGACGAGGAUGGGCACGCUGCGGAGGAGAAGGAAGGUGAUGCCUCCAAGGAUUCCCUGGAUGACCUCUUCCCCAACGAGGAGGAAGAGGACCCCAGCAAUGGCUUGUCCCGUGGCCAGGGCGCCCAGCACAGCGGCUAUGAGAUCCCGGCGAGGUUGCGGACACUGCACAACCUGGUGAUCCAGUACGCAGCCCAGGGUCGCUAUGAGGUGGCCGUGCCGCUCUGCAAGCAGGCGCUGGAGGACCUGGAGCGCACGUCCGGCCGCGGCCACCCCGACGUGGCCACCAUGCUCAACAUCCUGGCUCUGGUGUAUCGGGACCAGAAUAAGUACAAGGAAGCUGCGCUCCUGCUCAAUGAUGCCCUCAGCAUCCGGGAGAGCACCCUGGGCCGGGACCACCCCGCUGUGGCGGCCACACUCAACAACCUGGCUGUGCUCUAUGGGAAGAGGGGCAAAUACAAGGAGGCGGAGCCUCUGUGCCAGCGGGCACUGGAGAUUCGAGAAAAGGUCCUGGGUACCAACCACCCAGAUGUGGCAAAGCAGCUAAACAACCUGGCCCUGUUGUGCCAAAACCAGGGCAAGUAUGAGGCUGUGGAACGCUAUUAUCGGCGGGCACUGGCCAUCUAUGAGGGGCAGCUGGGGUCGGACAACCCUAAUGUGGCCCGGACCAAGAACAACCUGGCUUCCUGUUACCUGAAACAAGGCAAGUAUGCUGAAGCUGAGACUCUCUACAAGGAGAUCCUGACGCGUGCCCAUGUGCAGGAGUUUGGCUCUGUGGAUGAUGACCACAAGCCCAUCUGGAUGCAUGCAGAGGAGCGGGAGGAAAUGAGCAAAAGCCGGCACCGUGAGGGCAGCACACCCUACGCCGAGUAUGGAGGCUGGUACAAGGCCUGCAAAGUGAGCAGCCCCACAGUGAACACGACCUUGAGAAACCUCGGAGCUCUGUACAGGCGCCAGGGAAAGCUGGAGGCAGCUGAGACCCUGGAGGAAUGUGCCCUGCGCUCCCGGAAACAGGGCACUGACCCAAUCAGCCAGACCAAGGUGGCCGAGCUGCUUGGGGAGAGUGACAGUGGAAGGACCUCCCAGGAGGGCCUGGGGGGCAGCGUGAAAUUUGAGGGAGGUGAAGAUGCCUCGGUGGCAGUGGAGUGGUCAGGGGAUGGCAGUGGGGCGCUGCAGAGGAGCGGCUCUCUGGGCAAGAUCCGAGAUGUGCUUCGUAGAAGCAGCGAACUCCUGGUGAGGAAGCUCCAGGGGUCCGAGCCCCGGCCUUCCAGCAGCAACAUGAAGCGGGCAGCCUCCUUGAACUAUCUGAACCAACCCAGUGCAGCGCCCCUCCAGGUCUCCCGGGGCCUCAGUGCCAGCAGUAUGGACCUCUCUUCAAGUAGCUGACAUUCAACUCACGCCCCACGUCUGCUGGGUCCCCCCACAGCCCUCACAGCAUUCCCUGUUGCUCCUGGCUCUUCCAGCCCCAAGGUGGGACAGUGAAGGGGGAGCAGUUAACCAGAAGAUUGCUGCUGCCCUUAGGGUCUCAGCCCCCUCCUCAGGAAUCCCCUUCAGGAAGGACCCUCAGGACAUCCUCCCCCCACCCUGUGGUCCUCUAGAGUAGCUAGCUCUACUACUGGGGCCCCCAAAGUGGGUAACAAGCAGGUACGCACCUCAGAGAUGCAGCCUGCUGCUGGCUUUUCUGUCAGAGGGCUUGGGGCUGGCCAGCCAACCUGCCUUGCCCUGGCCUCUCUUGUUCCCUCUGCUGCCUCACUUCAGGUCCAUGUAUUUCACUUUUCUUAAAUAAAAGAAUCAGGUAACCACUGA